AAUGGCGUCAAUGGGAAAAUCGAUUAAUUCUGUGGAAAUUCGAAGGGCAUUGAAAGAUGGAGACUAUUUCCUGGUCAAGACAAGAUGCAGUCUCUCACAGGUAUGCACCUAUGUAAACUCUGCCAUCAGGUGUCACGCUCCAUGGACAUUCCCUUUGGGCACUUUCUGAAGGGAGCUCAUCUAGGUUUAACUUUGCACUGGCCCCUCCACCAAUUCAACAUGGGAUUCUAACUAUUCUGUGUGUGGAGAUGAGGAAUCCUUAAAGGUGCAGAUCUCAAUACAUUGUCUUCUAAAAAAGCCCGAAAGCAGCUAGAAGAAAAGUUUGGAACUGAUUUGACAGACAGGAAAAAAGAAAUAGACAACAUGUUGAUGGAAAUGAUCACAGCCAGUUCUCAGGAGGAAACAGCAGAUUCUGACAAAGAGAGCAAUCAUGAGACUGCCGAAUCAGAUGAAGAAAAUAAACAGGAUGGUUCAGCCUCUGAGUCGAAAAAUUCUAGUUCUGAAGAAAAAUCUGGAUCAGACAGUGAAGAAGAUGAGUCUCCACCACCAAAAAAAAAAUCUUCAAAUUCCACAAAAAAGCCUACUGAGUCAAAAAAUAAGCAGAAGGCACCACCACGGAGAAAGGUUGAUGAUAGUGAUUCAGAAGUUGAUGAUGAGGCUUAUGCUAAAAAGCUACAAGAAGAAGAACUGAGAAGUAGAAGAAGAGCUGUAAAAAGACGGCCAGCUCCAGGUAAAAAAGAACCAAAAGAAAAAAAGAAAAGUGACAAACCCAGACAGAAAAAAGAAACUGCUUAUACAAGGAAGUGUCUUCUCUCUCCAGAGCUAGCAGGGCUUGUUGGUGCUAAUGAGAUGGCAAGACAUGAUGUUGUGAAGAAGAUGUGGGAGAUAGCAAGAGAAAGAAACCUUUUUGAUCCAACAAACAAACAGUAUGCAAUUUUUGAUAACCAGCUACAAAAUAUAUUUGGUGUGAAACGUGUUAGAAUGUUUGCCAUAAUGAAGUAUUUGAAGAAUCACAUAAAGGAUCAAAAACAUACUUAAUGAUUAUAAUGAAUGUUUGUAAUAGAUCAUCCAGCCUUUGUUGGUUUAAGUGUACAUUUUUUGUAUUUUUAAGUGUAAUACACACUAAAGAACUAAGGAGUUUACUCCAUGUAAACCAGGCUUUAGUUAUAAACAACAUACAAAUAUUGAAAGUUUAAAGUAAAGGCAGGGAAAAACAAAUUUGAGGUAAAUUUUCCUAUUUUUUGGCAUAUAAUUUUUGAGGGAAGGAAAGUGGGGUUAAUGUCAUUGUACUCUGCAUCCUAACAUUUACUAAAGUUUUAUUAGAACAUCUUAUUUUAUCAUAAUAUUCAUAUUAAUGUUCAGUGCUUCAUUUAAAGUACUUUGACUACACAUUACAGGAAAUAGACAUACAAGUUAACUGAGUUGAUAUCUCUGUAUGUCUUGAGAAUGACAGCUCGACAUAUGAUGGUGCCAUGGUAGUGUUUAACUUGUCUUUUGAAUAAAGUUUCUGCAAAAUAUGUUUGUUAUACUAUCCAUAAAAAAUAGUUUACUUUGAAAUACCAAAAAAAAAUAUUUUUAUGCACAAUAAAAUAAAACUUUCAGAUAAAUGUAAACUAUUAAAGACUUAAUUCUCAUCAAUGUGAACAGCUAAUGAGACUUACUCACUAUUAUCAUGUGAAGAGUACAAUACAGUCAGUUCUUACUUAUUUGAAUAAUUAGCUAAGUCUUAACUAAAUUUUAUGCUGUUCAAUUUGGUCUUAUAUUUUCCCAUUUUAACAGUCAGUUAAACCUAAACUUUAACCACGUAAAUAUUAAAAAUAGUUCUUAACUGUUACUUGUGUGUACUUUUACAUAAGCUUGUGAAUGUUCAACUCAGUGUUUACUCAUGAGGAUUAUUAAGUGAUAACUGUGAGGAUAAAGUGCUAUAUCAGGGCUGUGAAAAAAGAAUACUGCAAGUACAGUAGAAAAACCCUGAAGUGAGUGUUUCAGUUACAUUAUGUGUUAUAACAAGUAUAGUGUACUGCUUGUUGACAGCCUCAUAUUUUCUUCCUUCAAAAAUAUUACGUUGUCUUUUUCUUGUAAAGUACUUGAAAAAGUAAUUUUUUUAACUUAGAAUAAAAGAUUAUUUAGAAAACCUUUAGUAAACCUUUUUCGGUCAAUAAGAGAAAUUCUGGUUUUGAAAAGCUGACAAACUUUAUAAAAAGAUUUAUUUCUUAAUAUGUAAAUAAUGCAAGAGACUUUCUUAAAAUGUUCAUCUCGUCUAUUUUCACAGUUUUAAGAGCAUCACUUUUCUACAAUUAAGAAAAUUUGUGGAUAUUAACAUUUUGGAGUUGUACAUAUAUAACAUAUAUAUAUAUAUAUAUACCCUCAAAGUUUUGAAGAUAGUGAAUGUUUUAAGUGUUAUCAAAAAUGUAUGUACCCAUUUUUCUAUGUUAUUAUUAUUAUUACCCUGAUGGUUACAAAACAUUCAGCUGUUAAUUAAAUAGCAUCUUGUUUUUAUUACCAUCAUUAUUAUAAAUAUUUUUGUUUGUCAUAAUAGAAUUAAGAAACAAAUGUUUAAAGAAAAAUUUUCAGAUCAAAGUGUGUUAUUUUUGUUUGCAGCUGUUUUUCUUUCAUCGGAAUUUUAAUUGUAAGAAAGUAGCUGUAAAGCAUAACAUUAGCUUUGCAACUUUUGUAAAUUUGUCUUGUAAAAGUGUAUUUUUCUAUCAUUAAAUCCUGCAGAAACGAAAUAACAUAGUUGGAAGAGUAGAGUUGUAGGUUCUAUUGUCAGUGUUCUCAGUUGUCUAGUAGUUACAAAAGUAGCGUUUUUAUUUUGCAUUAACCCAUUAUUGUAUUGUUUUUAAUUUAUGUUACAUAAUCAUAUGACAAAAUAUUUUGUUUGUUUGGCCUCUUUCAAUACCCAUUAAAUCCACACGUGUUUAA